UAAUUCGAUCUUUGCCUUUGUAUUCUAGUUUUGCCUACGCGUUUAGUACGUGUUGUGCUUUAUUGAAAACGGCGACAUGCUGCCCGCCAAGGUCACUUUGAUAUUUGGACUUGUAGCGUUUUUAAAAUUAUCGACAGCAGCACCAGACAGCGCAGGAAUAGUAGAAAUGGUGAAUGGAUUGGCGUACGGUGGGAUUCCUUACGGAAGCGUGAGCGGUAUGCUCGCCAAGUAUCCAGGAUAUGGGCAGAUUAAUGCUCAAGCCAGACAAUUUGACAUUCUGAGCAGCACUCAACGGCCCGUAAUUAUCACGCCGAAUUUCCGAGCGACCCGACCCGUAGUGGGAAUUUCCCCUCGACCUGUGCAAAUUUAUAAUCUUCCUGGUGUCAUCGCCCCCGGUAUCGUCGGCAGGAUCAGCCAGAUCGGCUAUUAGUUUGCCAGCCUGUUAGAACGAUCUCUCCAUCAAUCAUCAAAUGCUACAUCAGUCACUUGAGCUUUUCUUUCCUCAUCAUGAAACUCUCGACGAAGAACGUACAUUAAGCCACCCACAUCGUAAAGUUACAUCCUGCAGCACGAUAUCCAUUAUGAUACAAAGUAGAAAUAAUUGGUUAAUGCACUAUUUUCACCGAGUUAAUUUACGCUAAAAUUAAAGUUG